GUCCGGAUCAAACGGGGUUGUUUUUGUCUUUGCACCUGCAUAACGGGAUGGAUUUCUCCAGCUUUUUUAAAAAAAAAAAUAUAUAUAUAUAAGGGAUUUAUCAUUUUAAAACACAGUCCAGUUCAGGGCACUGGUGGACAAUUAAAGUUGAGUGCAUUCCUUUAUUAAGUUGGACUGAUUGGUUUAGAGUUUCGUCGUGAUUUCCUCUGACUCUGGCUGUAAAGUUUUGUCCUCCCAACCUCACUGACGGCUCCUGACUGUGUCGGAUCACACGCGCCCUCGCUGUCCGUGUGACAGAGCAGGAGUUUGAUGGGAGCGGAGUGAAGUGGAAAUGGUCUACCUUCAGCGCGUCUCUCUGUGUCACUCUGCCUUUUUCCAAUCGUCCAAAAGUCCGACAGGUUUGCACGAUGUGGUUUUAGCUGCUGGACUCGGGUCGAGAGUUUGGAUUCUCACUGUUGGAUCUACCGGAUGGAUCAUCACCUGAACGCACAUGAUGUACAACACGAGGAAAAGCGGAUCUGUGUGACAAGUUUAUUUUAAUCCCCGAAACACAUCUUUGAAGUCUCCAAAAGCGAAAUGAUUUUAAUAGCUUUUGUCAUUAUAUUCUCCUUCCCGGACUCAGUGUUCACCUUGAAGGGUGACGGCAGCUCGUCCUCCCGGCCCGGCCGUCUGGACUGCGUCAAGGCCAGUGAACAAUGUCUGAAGGAGUACAGCUGCAGCACCAAGUACCGGACGAUGAGGCAGUGUGUGGCGGGCAGGGAGAGCAACUUCAGCGCGGUCACCGGUCCCGAGGCGCAGGGCGAGUGCCGCAGCGCCAUAGAAUCCAUGAGGCAGAGCCCCCUGAAUAACUGCAGGUGUAGAAGAGGCAUGAAGAAGGAGAAGAACUGUCUCCGGAUCUUUUGGAGCAUAUAUCAGAGUUUACAGGGUAAUGAUUUGCUGGAGUACUCUCCGUAUGAAUCAGUCAACAGCCGGCUCUCAGAUAUCUUCCGCCUGGCCCCCAUCAUAGCAGUCGAGCCUGCAUCUACGAAGGAGAACAACUGUCUGAAUGCUGCAAAGGCCUGUAACCUCAAUGACACGUGUAAGAAAUACCGCUCCUCUUACAUCAACCCCUGCACCAGCAGGGUGUCUGCCUCUGAGGUCUGCAACAAGCGCAAAUGCCAAAAGGCCUUGCGACAGUUCUUCGACAAGGUUCCAAGUAAAUACAGCUACGGGAUGCUGUUUUGCUCCUGUCCGGCGGGGGAUCAGACAGCAUGUGCAGAACGCAGACGACAAACGAUUGUACCCAUCUGCUCCUACGAGGAUAAAGACAAACCAAACUGUCUCAAUCUGCAGAACACAUGCAAGACCAACUACAUCUGCAGGUCACGGCUGGCAGACUUCAUUAGCAACUGUCAGCCAGAAGCUCACUCCAUAUCCGGCUGUCUGAGGGAGAGCUAUGCUGACUGUCUGCUGUCUUACUCAGGUCUAAUUGGUACGGUGAUGACACCCAACUAUGUGCGAUCCCUUGGUAUUAGCCUGUCACCGUGGUGCGACUGCGUCAACAGCGGGAACAGCAAGCCAGACUGUGAUAGAUUCGCAGAGUUUUUCACCACCAACAGAUGCCUACGUAAUGCCAUCCAGGCUUUUGGCAAUGGUACUGAUGUUGGAGUUUGGCAACCCCAACCCCCGAUCCAGCCGACUGUACUGGAGCCUAGCAUCACCCGGAGGGGCAAAGACCGAACCCAUAACGCACUGGACGCGCUGACAGACAUGACCAAGCUGGAUCUCGAUGACGACUCAUUAUAUCACAUCUGUGGGACCUUACAGGCCCAAAAAUUGGUGUCAAAUUUGACUGUGGAUACUUCUCUAUGUGUGAACCAUCAACUGGAUGAAUCCAGUGACUCUAAUGCCAACGCUAUAAGCUCAGCAGCUCCAUUCGCCUGCACACCCCCCUCCAGUAUGCUCCUCGCGCUAACCUUUGCUUUAACACCGAUGGCAUUACGGCUCAAAGGUUUCCAGCUUUUGUAGGAUCUGAGGACUAUGGAUCAUCUCUUCUGAUUCAACUCAUUUUUAUUUUGAUUUAGACAUUUGCCAAAGUGUGACACCUGCAUUUUAUAUUAUUUUCUUGAAAAUGGGACUGAGCAACACAGCAGAGCGCUGAACAAAACAAAACAUGGAAAACAGUGGAUUAUAUCUGAGGAGUCCAUGUUGACUGUUGCUGAAAACAGACCUGCUGCAGCUGGUGCUGAGAUAUCAGCUUGUUCGCCUUCCAUGCCUUGUGGGGGCAAUCUUGUGACUUCAAGAAUCAGAUUAACGCCGAGGAACAACUCUGAGUUAAACCCUGUGAUCUGAUAAGCAUGUGAAUAAAUUCACUUCUUUGGAAUGUGUUGCAAUCAGUGCACAUUCGACUGAAUGGACGGCCAAUGUCCUGAAGAGUGCUUAUCUAGGGAUAAAGUGAAUCAUUCUCUGCAUAACUGUGCUUUAAUUUAGAACACUAAGUGUUGAUAUAACAAGUGCUGAUCUAUAACAUGUCACGAGGGACAACUAACACACGUCAUAGACACACUGUGUGGAAUAUGAUCCAUAGAACAUUUAAACUAAUUAAAUACCAUCACAUUGUAUCAGAGUAUCCUCAAAGUAUAAAGACAUAUCUGCCAGAAGAAAGUAACACUUUUUCUCCUCUACAUGUUCGGUACUAGGCGUAGAUCCGUUUUGUAGAUUUAUUUGAUUGUUAUGGUGGUUUGUGGUUUUAUCACAUCGCCUCUUAAAAGAACAUUUUGUACAUACGAUACAUAAAGUGUACACCCUAUUACAGUAUGCUUCCUGUAAGCUUGUAACAUAUUGUCUGUAAUGGUUUUUGAGAGUCUAUGUUAGUGUCUGGUGGACUGAGGCCUCUCAGCAUUCUCCAGUGUAGCUAUGAUUUAUAACAAUGUGAUGGGGUACGGUUCUUUAAUCAUGUGGUUACAGAUAUGACUGUCGUGUGGUUAUAUUUUGAUUGCAAAGUGCAUAAUGUUAUCUUAAACGGUAUUUUUCUUGAGGAAUAGCAAACUAUCUGUAACAGCAACAAGAACAUAAAGAAUUUACAAACGCAUCUUUAAUGGCUGAAACAAAGUGAUGUCAUUCUUCUGUUGAUUCUUCAGACUGCCACUUUUUCAUUUUAUUGUGUCCUGGUAGACAGUGAAGUGACAGGGGUUCGUUUUAUAAAUAAAGAAUGUGUACAUAUCCACAACAUAGACAUAAAUUGCUAACAAUUACUACCGAUGCAAAUGAAAGACGAGAUAAAAAAAAAGCACUUACAUAAUUGAUACAAACAUAAUGACAUCCCCUAAUUAUCAAAGACGUUCAAA